AUGGCCAAGAAAUCCGUGGCGGUGGCCAAGUUAAAAAGAAGGCCCGACGCGGUAGCGGCUAAGGCACGCUACGAGCUUGCGAGAAUGAAACAAGCCCAUUUGGCCUCGCUGUUGCUGCUGUGGCAUUCUGGUCGACUGUCUGACAUCAAGAACCUCGUCCUGAAUUGGGACCUGCGAAAAGAGAAGACAGCUCGCGGCCUUCAAUGGGUCAUGGACCCAGUGGAGUUUAAAACGAAGUGGCGUGCUGUGGACGCAGAUGACCCAGGCAAAAUCCUUCACAAGAAGGUGGCGGAGGCUCUCUCUGAGCAUAAUGUCACCUUUCGAGAUGAGAUUCACGGCGAGGGAUACCGGGAAGGAGGGGAGAGCGGGAGCCUCCGGGAGAAGUCUCCCGGUCCUGUGUCCAAACUGGUCGGUGUUGCGGAGGACGAUUUCUUAAAGCAGAAGUUUGGUGCUCACUGGCUCCAUGCCAAAGCCUCUGAGCUACGUUUGCCAUUUACCGUGGAAGAUUGUCUCAGUCUGGUGUCGGAGUUCGAUGCGGACCUCCACGAGGAGGCGCGAUCGAAGCGAAAGCGUUCAUACGGGGAGCACAGAGCUGUGCUCGACGAUGUCAGCCAGCGAGUGGCCUUCGGAGCUACAGCAACACAAAUUUGGAGUGGAAGCUCGGUAAAUUUCUGGUCGGUGGCUAUCUGCCGGACAUUAGCUGGCUCGCUUGAGAGGCUAGAAGAUCACAAGUACGUGGCGCAGAUUCUGCGAGAGCAGCCCCUACGCUCUUCCGAGGAUCUUGCGCUGCACGGCAGGAACUGGACCUUCAUUUUUAACAAGGCCCAUGCUGCAACGGCGGAGCUGCACUCUUUGCAUCAUGCCCUCUGGGCGUGCUUCGGCGUCUCAGGAGACUUCAACGUCUACCUGACUCCACCCGAUUCGCAGGGUCUGGCACCACAUGCUGAUCGACAUGACGUCUUCGUGGCUCAGCAACAAGGAGAGAAGACUUGGACGCUCCUAGAACCUGACAAAGUGAGGGUGAUGGAGAACGUCACGCUGCUGCCGGGAGAUGUUCUGUAUUUGCCCCAAGGGGUUCCUCACUAUGCUCGAAGCGCCGGUCAGGAAUCCUCCCUGCACGUCACGAUGAGCGUCUACAGAGGGCACUUUACCUUUGCUGGCCUUUUGGCUGCCUGGCUAGAGGUACAGGACUCCGACCCACCCGAGCUUUUCGACCUUUCCCUGGCCAACCGCAUCGACGCCACGCAGACUCGGCUGACGGAGCAGGGUCUUGAGGAAGCCAAUGAGCCCUUGCCGCCUUCUUUCUGGCCAAUGCUUCGAGCUUUGGAUGACAAGGACUUCCCGAACGGAGCUGCAGAGGCUGCCGUAGCCGAAGCGCAGCUCCUGGCAGCGCAGCUGGCCGGGCGGCUGCGCAGGAAAAGCGAGGUGGAUGAUGCUUCGCUAGUCGGAAGAUUAGAGGUACUUGGAGAACGAGUGGACGACCAGCGGCUCCGGUCCUUCCUUGAAGCUCUGCCCACGAAGGGCUCUUUGCCGCUCGCGAGCUCCGGUGGAUCAAGCACUAUAGGCUCUAUGGGCCAAAAAUCCUCCAAGGGGCUGAAGUGUCGAUUCUGCCGGCCGAUGCCCUCCUUCGGCGCGCGGCGGAUGCAGCUGCGAUGA